UAUGCGCCUACUUCUCUUGAUCUGAUUUUCUCUAGCCAGUUAGCUUAUCACCCAAUUAGCCAAAUAGACCUAGAUAUGCCGUUAAGUGUAUCUAGUGAAUUGUCAGGCGGGAAUAGAAACCUUCCAAGAGCUACAAGAAUAUGGAUUGUAGGUAAGGAGAUUUUAACUCAUGAAGGUAUUCUUUAUCGUAGUUCUCAUGAAUGGAAAAAGCUGAACGACGCAUUUAUAUGUGAAAAAUCGCAAUCCAUACCUGAAGAAUUUUUAUGGGAAGAAAAUUUAGAUAUUCCUCCUUCAGAAGAGCUUAAAGCUGAUUUUGAUAAAGUUUGGAAGUCACUAGGAGGUGCUCAGUCUUAUCGAUUCCGUUACUGA